AUGGACACAUUCCACAAUUCAAAGAGAAGCUCCAUAUCCUUCGGAAGCUCUCAAAGACAUCCAACAAGCAAAUACUUAACUAGUCCCUAUAAGAACAAUGGCGGAAGCAGUAACACUGGAAGCACUGGUCUCAUAGAUAAGAGCAUAACAGAGGAGGAUAAUUCAAGAUUGUACACCAAAGUGAGGUUACCCUUGUAUUCACCGUUGGAUUUUUCACAUCCAAUGUUCUCCCCAGCUUUAGCACAAGUCCAACAGGCGAGGAACUACACUACAUUGAACCCACCAAAUAGUACCAUAUGCGAAUAUGAGGGACAUUUUCCCCUAUUUGGAUUGGAUUGGAGUAAUGACGAUUUUGUUUGUGUGAGCUCAUACAAGGAGGAUAGCAGAAAUAAACUACAAUUGUUACACUCUCCUGAUUUGUUAACUUGGGAUAAGAUAGCCGAAUGUAACGUUACUUACUCAAUAAGUAACAUUCAAUGGUUACCUUCCCACGUGAACCCAAGAAAGAUUGCGACAAGUUCUGAGUCGUUGAGAAUAUGGUCGUUUAAUGAUGAGGAAAAUACCAUACAGGAGCAAAUUAAUCUUUCCCUUUGUAAGUAUAAUAAACAACAUCACCACCAGCAACAACCCGCACCAUCUGAGACACCAGGUGGUACAGUCAUUGAUCCCUUAUCUAAUAGUGUCUUGGGUGAAUUGCCUCCAAUAACAUCUUUCCAUUGGAACCCCAUAGAUACAAAUCUAUUAAUUUCCAGCUCCAUAGAUACAACAUGCAUAGUUUGGGAUUUACAAAGUAGCAAUUAUGUGAAGACACAAUUAAUUGCACAUGAUAGUGAGGUUUAUGAUGUUAGAUUCUUGACUCAAUCUACUCAACUCUUUGCUAGUUGUGGUGGAGAUGGUAGUGUUAGAGUAUUUGACUUGAGAAGUUUGGCACAUUCUACAAUCAUAUAUGAGCCUCCGGUGUCAGAUUUAAAUCCUGAUACAUCUCAGUUUGCUUUGUUGAGACUAGAACCAUCCCCUCAUGAUCCUAAUGUUAUGGCUACGUUCGCCGCUGAUUCAAAUAAGAUUCUAAUAUUGGAUAUGAGGAACCCUGAAUCACCAUUGAUGAUACUGGAGGGGCAUUCCGCUUCAGUGAAUCAAAUUAAAUGGCACCCAAUAAAGAGAAAUGUCCUCCUAUCAGGUGGUGACGAUUGUCAAGUCCUGUACUGGGACUUAAAUAAAUGUACAGCGUCUAGCGACCCCGUUGCAACAACAAAAGAUGACGAUAUAGCAAUGGAUGAAGAACAAGGAUAUCCUGUCACGACGCCAACGGAGCCACAGAAUACUGGAAGAACCGCAAAAACGUUACCCGUUAGAGUGGAUACGCCGACUUUAUGUUAUACAAAUAAUAAAAACCAAGAGAUUAAUAAUAUUGUAUGGAGACCUCAGAGAGGAGAUUGGUUUGGAUACGUUAGUGGAAGGAGUUUCCAAAAUGUUAGAGUAUCCUAA